UAUAUUCAGAUGAAAUUCAUAUGAAAAUAGAAGAACCUAUUUUAAGAACCUCGGUAGCCUAAAUUUGCUUUAAGUACCAUUUAUAUAAGAACCUAUUCAGGCUAAAUUGAAAAAUUCAGGUUCUUAUAUGCGGGCUAUUACUGUAUUCAAGCUCAGAAAGAGAAAUAAAAUUUCGUCGUUGCUUGUUUACGUCCUCCAUAAAACGCGAAAUUAGGCAUUUUCACGUCGUUGUCGUUGUCGUGCAAAAACGGGAAAGAAAUGAACAAAAAAGUGUGUUGCACGUGUCUUUUUGACGUUCUAGUUGUCGUCCGCGUCGUUGGAUCUUAAACUCCCUACUAGAGCGAGCGAAACGCGACCGCGCGUGAAACUCACUCCACGCUCUCUACGGCUGCGUCUCGCCUUUCCUCGCGUGAGGAGAUUUUCACGUGCGCUCGCGUUUCAUUCGCUCUAGUCUCUAUGAGGGAAAAUGGGGACUUCUCGUAGUCUACCCUAUUAUUGACGCUGGACAUAAAAGAGGUCCCUCUCAAAACUUAAAAUAAAUUAACACACACCCCAGGGCUUUAAUGGAUCUUUUACGGUGUAGUUCAGUUUAAGGGUAGGAACGUCAUCCCCUUUUUCAUUGUCAAACUUCCUUUGUACCCCUUAGAAAUUAAUUAACUAGGAACCUCAAAAGGGCAUAAAGACGGGUAACGUACUGAUUUUCAAGGAAUAUAUGUCAAAUAUUUCACGUGACAAAAGAUAUUCUAGAACUGAGGGAGGUUGUCCAUUUUAAUCAUGCAAAGAUUGUGUUGAGGGCUUGUGAAGCUCGCUAGGCUUUGAAACGAGAGGACCAAGACUCUGUUCUUUCUCUUUAAGAUAGCAGUUUAAUCUUCAACAGCGACUUACAACAACUCUACUGAUUCUACUAGCUUACAUAGCGAAUUAAAUAUCCAAAUUGUAGACUUAUUUUGGGUUGGCUGACCGGAAGAGUUUCUAUUGAAUAUCUUAUCGCCUAUAUUGCAACAGGUUUGCUAUAGUUAGAUAAGCCUACACAGCCGCAACCGACAAGUAUCAAAGAACCAGUUAAAUGCUAACAGUGAAACUGCCCGGAAGGAAAAAACAACUCAAGGUCAGCUGUACUCCCCAAACAAGCCUACUUCAAAGAAACAAAACUAAGCUUAACAAACACUUCAAAUCGACAAUACUAGACCAAAACUCAGGACCUAACCAUGUGGGGAAAUACACUGAAUCUCUGAGUCUCCAAGUCUAUAGAAGUCUAUAAACUGUUUAUCGUGAAGCUAGCAAAAUCUUAAAAAUAGCAAAACUGACAAACAAAACUAAAGGUAACUACCUCAUAACAAUUGCAACUGGUUUGUGUGCUUUCAUAUUGCUGGAGGCUGAAUUAUUUAUAACAGGUAGACAAAGAUACAGCAAAACCUCUAUUAACCGGACACCAGCGCAUUUCCAGAGCUUCUGACGUUUAAUAGGUGAAGUCGCAGUGACGGAACAGGGUUUUGCUUUACCUGAUAUACGACCCGUCUCUCAAAACUGCGGGAAACGUUUCAUGCCCAAACAUAUAUAAUUUUUCAAGCUUGUUUUCUAGCAAUUGCGAUUUGCUUUUUAGACAAACUAUCCCAAUUUACUUCUCCAUUCUAUAGCCGGCGCUUUGCUAAAAGUAGUCAAAAAAUGCUAGAAAUCCGAUUUCUUUUAAUGAACUUAGUUCACGUAAAAUAGUCUUUCGGGAGUUUCGAGAAAUGCAGACCCGUGAUAUAAACGUAGAUCCGUGAUUUAAACGCCGGAAGCAGCGGCAGAAAAACCCCUGGUAUCCAUUGCUUGCUUUAACAGUAACGUUGUACCUCAUGUAUGAGUAUUUUAUGUAA